CCAUUCGACUUCGCGCCGACACUCCUGCAUCCAUCCUUCGAUCCCGUCAUCAUAUAUCUAGCGCCGCACUGUGCGUUACGCUUCUCUCUCCAUACCAAUGGCCCCGCAGCCCAAUUCUGCUCCCGCCAAAAAUAACAGGCGCCAACCCGCAACUAGACCCGCUAGCACUCGAAGUAGCGCGCGACUGCAACACAUCCAACCACCUCCCACUCCUCUUGCACUCAUUUCUCAGCCGGCCCGCACCAAAUGGAAGCGCCCGCAAGAAGACUCUAAAGCCAAAGCCAACGAGCUAAAAGCCCAAAAACUCUCUCCCCAGCCCCGGCCUGUCCAACUACCUCCUACCCCUCCUGCACAAAGACGCAGAAGCCUACGCCUCCAAGGUGCCGAUCCUAUCCAGACAACGCCCGACUCCGUUCAGCAGGCAAAGACGCCAAAGCGAACUCGAGAAGAAGACGAACCUGUGCUAGCAAGAAAGAAAUCAUCAGCUUCCCUCCGCCGCAAGCGUUUAGAUGCUAGCAUUAACACCAAAACAGUCUCAACGCGAACGCCGAGCGACCAACAACCGCGGGAACAGAAGAGCGCUCUAUAUAGACAUCCACGUUACAAAGAUGAACUGUUCGAGGAUACUUUGGAAUUAAUUAAAGGUAGAAACGGGACCAGAGUGAUCCGCGAUAUCGCGCAGCUUAUUGUUCCUCCUGCCGAAAUUUUGGCAAUCCGCGGCGCCAAGCACCUGAAGACUCUCAGAGAGACCACUAACGCUAGCUGGAACAACGCUAUCCCCUUUUACGGAUCACGCCCACAACCGGACUAUAGCCUUGGAUUCAAGCGAGAAGCUUUUACCCGGGAACGACUACAGAAGCUUCAGCCCUUCAUUGGAAAUGAAUUAGAAGAUUGCUCCUAUUUUGCGGCCACGUACGACAUGUACUUUCCAUUCCUUACUAGCGAAGUGAAAUGCGCAUCCGCGCUUGACAUUGCUGAUCGGCAGAAUGUUCACAGUCAAACCGUUGCAUUACGUGGUUUAAUAGAGCUUUUCCGGCUUGUGGGUCGGGAGGACGAGCUUUAUCAAGAAAUUAACGGCUUUUCAAUCUCUCAUAGCGAUGAGUAUGUAAGAGUCUGGGGACAUUACGCUGUUAUUAAUGGGAAAGACUUCACGUUCUACCGACAUCUAAUUGCUAAGUUUAACAUUUCAAAGACAGAACAGGGAGAUAAUCGAUGGACGGCAUACACUUUUGUCCAGAAUAUCUACGAUUUAUGGCUUCCUGAGCGCUUCUCAAGGAUCUGUUCCGUUAUCGACAUGCUCCCCGCCAACUUGAAUUUCAAAGAUCCAGAACUAGCCUCUUCACGCUCAGGAUUGUCCCAACAACUUGAAGAUUACAGCUUAGCCGAUGAAGGGGUAAUACCAGACAACCAGCCAAGCGUCAACCCAAUCACCCCAGAGGCCACGAUCAACACCGGGUCCAGCAACUCCAAGAAGAAAAAGACGAAGUAACUACUUGCACUCACCAUUCACGUCGGGCUCGGCUAUAUCCCUUGCGACAGGCAUCAGGUCACACGCCACUCUGCAGCAACUGCGAACCCAGUGUAUCUGCAGGAGCAGUGACGGGCAUCCGGUGUUUGGGACUAGUUACCAUUGUCGGACACAAGCGGCCGUACUCCUGAAUCUGCGAUUUUCUUCUUUCCAGUUCGAAUUCAAUGUGUUGUGUUAAUACCCUCACUGUCCACAAUCGACGAGGAGAAAGAAUGAGUGGGUGUAGGGCUUGAGCUUGAGCGUAUUGCUUGAACGCGGCUGUCGGUCCACCGCCCGUGUUCUUUGUGCAAGAGAUCCUCGUAUUGAGAGAUGGAGAGAACUGCUCCAAAUCAGCCACGCGAAUUACAGAGCGCUCGGCGACACGGCGAUCCGUCAAGGCACAGCAAUUCGG